CUCUCGACUGGACUCACUCACCUAUAGGCUAUACCAUAGCUUUGUAUUAACAGAACCUUCACUUUUUGUCUGACUCUCUCCCUCUCUCGCGCGCUCUCUUCCUCGCCUCGCGCGCGCGGCCACCAUGUCACACUAUGACACUCAUUCUUGAAUCCGAUCAAGAACCCUCUCUGAUCUCUUCUUUCUUCUUUCUUGAUCGGCUCCGAACUCUCCACUUCUCUCCGGCCCCCUUCGAUUCUCUCCCGUCUUCUUGAUCAAAUCUCUCAGCCUUCGGUUCCGUUGGGAAAAAUGAGGAGAGAUGAUAGGGUUUCGGAGCAAGAUCACAGAAAGCCCAUGCGUGCCUUGGAGAUCAACUUGAUCUCUGCGCAGAAUCUCAAACCCCCCUCGCCUAACUUGCGCCGCAUGCAUACCUACGCACUCGUCUGGGUCAACCCUGACCAUAAAGUCAGGACCCGUACCGACCGGGUCGGUUGCGAGAACCCUACCUGGAACGACAAGUUCUUCUUCAAGGUCAGCCCCGAGUUCCUCUCCAGCGAGACAUCCGCCGUCUGCAUCGAGAUCUACGCCGUAGGCUACCUCCGCGACCAUCUUAUCGGGACUGUCCGGUUCCUCACCGGAAACUUCCCGUCCGCCGUCUCAAUCGGCUCGAGGAUCCCUACUUUCACAGCCGUCCAAAUCCGCCGCCCCUCCGGAAGAUUCCAGGGAGUCUUGAACAUCUGCGCGGAGGUGAUAUUCGACUCGGAGGUCCCGGCCUUGGAGGGGAGGUCCGCUAUUGGAUACCGCGAGCAAAUGGAGGAGAACGAACGACACCGGAGAUGGAGAGAGAACCGAAGGGAGUCGUGGUCAAAUGGAGACGGCGAGAAUUCUUGUCCAGGAUCAGGAGACCACUCGGACGGUGGUGACUCUACGACGUCGUCUUCAUCGUCAGCAUCGAAUGUGCUGAAGGACUGGAACGGGAUUCGGGAGUUGGCGGGAACGAAGGGUUUGAAGGCAUCCGACGGUGCAGGAUUGUUGUGCGGGUUGUUGAUGCAGAGGUAGUUUUGUUACAGCCCAACGGAUGAUCCCCGAAGCUUUGGGUGCGUCCCAGGAGAGGGGAAGGUAAGGAACGUCAGGGUUUCGUUUUGAAAUUUGAAUUGUACUGCUGAUAAAUCUUCUAUCGUCGUUGUUGCAUUUAUGAGGACCGUAGUUAAAUGUUAAACAAGAAUUCAGUUUUUUAGCUCAGAAAUGAUGACCAGAAAAAUUGGAUAA